UGUGUAUCAUGAAGGAAGUCUCAUGAUCAGAGAAAUUUGGAGUUUCAACUUCUGCUAAAUAACUAUUUAUGAAGUAAUCUGCGUCAUGUUUUUCGGCGGAGAUGAUGAGGAUCAGGAUUUCGUGUCGGGAGGAGGAGGAGGCUCAAAACUGGCGAACUUGUUUGGUAUGGACAAGGCGAGCAACAAGGGAGGGAAUGAAUCUCUGACAUACACAGCCCCCAAACAACCAAAGAGGAAAGAAGCCAGCCCCGAUGGAGGCGCUGCCCCGGCCAUCCUCAGUGCUACAGUAGUUCACGCCUAUAAGUACGUAGAGAACCAGUAUGCCAGUCAGGGGAAACUAGGCGUGGCUGUCCUUGGCAACCAUGCAGCCAAAGAUUACCGGAUCCUGCUUUAUGUGAGCAAGCAACAGCAGGUCACCAAUGCCAAGAUCAGCUCAGCAUUUACAUUCAGAGUUCAAGCCAACAAUUAUGCAAGUUUUUAUGAUGAAGGACGCCAGAGUUGGUCACUUAUGUUUGACAAGGAAGAAACAAUCAUCAAGUUUGCAAAAGACGUGGCACUGUGCAAAGCUAACAGCACUGGUGGGUCCCUAGACAGCGUGGUGAUCCAGGACCUGACUCUGGGGGACGGGGGACCACUGGAACCUGAUGACUCAGCAGAAAUCAAAUACACCGGCUGGCUGAUGACAAACAAUACAUAUGGACAGGUUUUUGAUAGCAAUGCCACUUCAGACAAAAUGUUCCGGUUCAAACUUGGGAAAGGAAAAGUUAUUAAGGGCUGGGAGACGGGCAUCCUGGGUAUGAAGAAAGGAGGACGGAGGUUGUUGGUUGUCCCUCCCAGCUUCGGCUACGGGAGUCAGGGGAUGCCAAACAGGAUCCCUGCUAACUCCACACUCAUCUUUGAUGUGGAGGUCAUUCGGGUGAAGCUACAGAAGGGUGACUCCCCAAACCAGUCCCCCGCCCCCACUCCCGUGAUGGAGCAGAAGGCUGUGGAUGAGGAUGGGGAGACAGUCAAGGGAAGAACAAGGUCUAUCUCCGAACAGAUGGCAAACUCCCCCAAGUCUGACAAGGCCAAGCUAAUAUCCCGGAUGGCCAAGAUGGGAAAGCCGAUGUUGCCGCUAGCUGGUGCCGUCGCCGCCCAGGUCGAUGAGGAGGGAGAGGAAGAGCAGCCAGAAUCUCCUCAGCCGGUCCAUGAAGAGAGCCCCAAGCCUAUAGCCCAAUCAAAACCAGUAUUAGCCUCUAAGCCUGCAGCUCACCCUGUGCCCCAGGCCCAGCCCACCAUGGCCACGCCCAUCAUCCAGCCACAAGCCAUGAUGGGGCAGCAGCUUCCAGGACAACCAGCAUUUGUACAAAAUCUACCUGGGGCCCAGCAACUAGCAGUCUUCCAACCCACCAACCUUCUCCAGCAACAGCAACAGCAAGCAGCAAUGCUAGCAAUGCAGCAGCAACAACAGGCGGCAAACAUGUCUGCAUUCCAGCCCCCAGCGUACCAGGCAGGAGUGCAGCAGCCAUACCCAGGGUUGUUGUUUGCAGGGGCUCCGCCAGCUCAGCCCGGCUCCACAGGCUCCAUGGACAGCCUGGCUCCCGUCCUGCUCACAGAGACCCGACAACAGAACACAGAGAUACGACUGUCAGUCAGCAAGAUCUCAGACAAAGUUGACAGGAUCCUGGAUAAGGUGGCUGUUAUAGGACCAGGAGCUGGUAUGCCAGGAGCACUUCAGCCCAUGCAUGCUCCCACCAUGGAGACUGGCGUCCUGCUACAGAAUAUCACUAGGAUAGUACAGGAAAAUGAAACUUUAAAGAAAGAUGUUUAUGAAAAAAGUGGCAAAAUUGAAACUCAAAAUGAAAAGAUUGCAGAACUUCUGCAGAAAAAUCAGAAGUUUGUGGAGCAGAGCAACACCCUCCUGGAGGAGCGGAACGAGGGCUACAAGUAUUCCGCCAACCAGUCCCAGGCCAGAGUGCUGUCUCUUGAACAGGAGAAGGUAAAUCUAUCCACUGAGCUGAGCACGUUAUCAGCACAACUGAGCAGCCUGCAGCUCGAACUGGCCACUAGCAGAAAAUCAGAAGCAGAAAUGAAGCACAAACUCCAGUCCUCCGCAGACUCCCGGAUACAAACACAGGACGAGAUGGAUCGGCUCAAGCUGCAGAGAGCUGAUGAUGAGAAGCGUGUCGAGGACCUGUCCACAACGCUACGGGAGGAGAAGAAGUACAGGAAGAAUCUAGAGGGUCAACUGAACAACGUGCAGGAAGAACACGCCGACCUCAAGUCUGCCUACAACUCAAUGGAGAAGAAUCUGAACGAGAGAAAGAGGAAGGCUAACGAGGAGAGGCGAAAACAUGAGGACGAAUUGGAAGACAUGAAGAUCAAUUUAGAGGGUGACAUCCAGUCUUUACGAGACCGGCUGCGUAAACAGAAGACAAACGUGGACGUAGAAGCUGCUGAUAAGGCAGCCAGGCUUGAGGAGGACAUUGCUGUGGAGUGGCAGAAGAAGUGUGACAAGCUGCUGAAGGCGGCCUCAGACAAACACAGCCGAGUGAUGCAGGAUGUGCAGGAGGAGAAGCAGGAGCUCCAGCGCAAGAUACAGGAACUUGAGAACAAGCUGCAGACGGCGAAGGGUGUGAGCGGGUCGAGUGAACAGCGAGUGUCGCAGCUGGAGGAGCAGGUGGAGGACCUGACCAUGUGGAAGGACAAGUAUGACAACCUGCGUAGUCAGGCGGCGGCGAUGAAGGAGCGGUACGAGGACCGUAUCAGUGAGCUGGAGGAGGAGCGAGACGGGGCGGACGAGAGGCUGCAGGGCCUCACAUUGCAGGUCCAGAAACUCAAGCAGCUCGGGGCGCCCUCUGGUGGAGCCCAGGCACUCGUGUCCACAGAUGUUGUGGGAGAGGUGAAGAAGAUCAUGAACAAUGUGUAUCGUGGACUGAGGGAGGACUUUGAUGCAGAGGAGUCAUACACAGGGGCGGAAGUCCUCUCUGCCAUCCUCAGUGCCAUCAAGACCACGACUCUACAGCUGGUCCAGCGACAACAGUCUGAGGGGGGUAAGACGGAGACGGAGGAAGAGGAGGAGGAUGAAGAAGAAGAAGAGGAGGAGGAAGAGGACAUUGAAGAAGAAAGGAUAGAAAAAGCUGUUCCAGAGAAGGUAUCAGAAAGUGUCAGUCAGACUAGCAGUUCUGUGACAGAGCCCACCCCAGAACUACCACCAGAACCACCCCAGACAACAGAACCUGUGCCAGAACCUGUGCCAGAACCUGUGCCAGAGCCUGUGAUAGAGCCAGUGGUAGAAUCUGUGCCAGAACCAGUGGUAGAAUCUGUGGUAGAAUCUGUGACUGAGUCUGUGACAGAACCAGUGACGGAACCAGUGACAGAACCAGUGACAGAACCAGUGACAGAAUCAUCAGUGAAGACCGAGACUGAGCAGACGGAUGCAGCCACUGCCCCAAGUGAACCAGCAGUUCCAGUGGAAUCAAUAAUGAAGAGUUCAUCGGGGAAGGCUUUGAGUGCUCAGCCCAAAAUGUCAAAAACCACACAAAAGCCAACAGGUGACAAGGGCAAUCCUUAUCAUAAAGAACAACUGGACAAAGCUGCAGCCAUUGAGCCAGUGAUGGCUAGUUCAACCAACCAAGCUUUGAGUGCUCAGCCCAAGAUGUCAAAAACCACAAACCAACCAACAGGUGACAAGGGCAAUCCUUAUCAUAAAGAACAACUGGACAAAGCUGCAACCAUUGAGCCAGUGAUGGCGAGUUUGACCAACCAAGCUUUGAGUGCUCAACCCAAGAUGUCAAAUACCACAAACCAACCAACUGGUGACAAGGGCAAUCCUUAUCAUAAAGAACAACUGGACAAAGCUGUAACCAUCGAGCCAGUGAUGGCUAGUUCAACCAACCAAGCUUUGAGUGCUCAGCCCAAGAUGUCAAAAACCACAAACCAACCAACUGGUGACAAGGGCAAUCCUUAUCAUAAAGAACAAUUGGACAAAGCUCGCACCAUCGAACCAGUGAUGGCUAGUUCAAUAAACCAAGCUUUGAGUGCUCAGCCCAAGAUGUCAAAAACCACAAACCAACCAACUGGCGACAAGGGCAAUCCUUAUCAUAAAGAACAACUGGACAAAGCUGUAACCAUCGAGCCAGUGAUGGCAAGUUCAACCAACCAAGCUUUGAAUGCUCAGCCCAAGAUGUCAAAAGCGAAAAACCAACCAACAGGUGACAAGGGCAAUCCUUAUCAUAAAGAACAACUGGACAAAGCUCGCACCAUCGAACCAGUGAUGGCUAGUUCAACCAACCAAGCUUUGAGUGCUCAGCCCAAGAUGUCAAAAAACACAAACCAACCAACUGGUGACAAGGGCAAUCCUUAUCAUAAAGAACAACUGGACAAAGCUCGCACCAUCGAACCAGUGAUGGCAAGUUCAACCAACCAAGCUUUGAGUGCUCAGCCCAAGAUGUCAAAAGCGAAAAACCAACCAACUGGUGACAAGGGCAAUCCUUAUCAUAAAGAACAACUGGACAAAGCUCGCACCAUUGAACCAGUGAUGGCUAGUUCAACCAACCAAGCUUUGAGUGCUCAGCCCAAGAUGUCAAAAACCACAAACCAACCAACUGGUGACAAGGGCAAUCCUUAUCAUAAAGAACAAUUGGACAAAGCUGUAACAAUCGAGCCAGUGAUGGCAAGUUCUACCAACCAAGCUUUGAGUGCUCAGCCCAAGAUGUCAAAAACCACAAACCAACCAACUGGUGACAAGGGCAAUCCUUAUCAUAAAGAACAACUGGACAAAGCUCGCACCAUUGAACCAGUGAUGGCUAGUUCAGCCAACCAAGCCUUGAGUGCUCAGCCCAAGAUGUCAAAAACCACAAACCAACCAACAGGUGACAAGGGCAAUCCUUAUCAUAAAGAACAACUGGACAAAACUCGCACCAUUGAACCAGUGAUGGCUAGUUCAACAAACCAAGCUUUGAGUGCUCAGCCCAAGAUGUCAAAAACGAAAAACCAACCAACCCCUUCUCAGAAUUCAGGUGUCAUUGAACCUGUGAUGUCAACCUCAGUUAGCCAGGCCCUUGGAGACAAAGGGAACCCUUAUCACAAGAAACAGCUGGACAAGUCAGAAGAACCUAAGAUGACCAAAUCUGCUGGUAGCUCAACAAAUCAGGCUCCCCCAAAAGGAAAGACAGACAUCAUUGAACCUGUGAUGUCAACCUCAGUUAGCCAGGCCCUUGGAGACAAAGGGAACCCUUACCACAAGAAACAACUGGACAAGUCAGAAGAACCUAAGAUGACCAAAUCUGCUGGUAGCUCAACAAAUCAGGCUCCCCCAAAAGGAAAGACUGACGUCAUUGAACCUGUGAUGUCAACCUCAGUUAGCCAGGCCCUUGGAGACAAAGGGAACCCUUAUCACAAGAAACAGCUGGACAAGUCAGAAGAACCUAAGAUGACCAAAUCUGCUGGCAGCUCAACAAAUCAGGCUCCACCCAAAGGGAAGACUGACGUCAUUGAACCUGUGAUGUCAACCUCAGUUAGCCAGGCCCUUGGAGACAAAGGGAACCCUUACCACAAGAAACAACUGGACAAGUCAGAAGAACCUGAGAUGACCAAAUCUGCUGGUAGCUCAACAAAUCAGGCUCCCCCAAAAGGAAAGACUGACGUCAUUGAACCUGUGAUGUCAACCUCAGUUAGCCAGGCCCUUGGAGACAAAGGGAACCCUUAUCACAAGAAACAGCUGGACAAGUCAGAAGAACCUAAGAUGACCAAAUCUGCUGGUAGCUCAACAAAUCAGGCUCCCCCAAAAGGAAAGACUGACGUCAUUGAACCUGUGAUGUCAACCUCAGUUAGCCAGGCCCUUGGAGACAAAGGCAACCCUUAUCACAAGAAACAGCUGGACAAGUCAGAAGAACCUAAGAUGACCAAAUCUGCUGGUAGCUCAACAAAUCAGGCUCCCCCAAAAGGAAAGACUGACGUCAUUGAACCUGUGAUGUCAACCUCUGUUAGCCAGGCCCUUGGAGACAAGGGGAACCCUUAUCACAAGAAACAGCUGGACAAGUCAGAAGAACCUAAGAUGACCAAAUCUGCUGGUAGCUCAACAAAUCAGGCUCCCCCAAAAGGAAAGACGGACAUCAUUGAACCUGUGAUGUCAACCUCAGUUAGCCAGGCCCUUGGAGACAAAGGGAACCCUCGUUACAAGGCAAAGCUUGAUAAAUCUAGCAGCAAGAAAUCCAGAAGUAAAAAAUCCAAAAGCAAAAUGACCACCGCCUUAGCCCCAGCCACUCAGAACCCGUUGAUGGCUCAGCCUGAUACCAUUGAACCAGUGAUGGCAAGCUCAACAAGACAAGCUCUUGGCGAUAAGGGCAAUCCAUACCACAAGACAAAUCUGGACAAACAAUCGAGGAAGGAUACAACUGAUGCUGAAGUCAAGCCAGCAGCUACACAGGCAGACAAAGGUGCUAAAGAGGAUGAAGAGAAGGAUGGAAAACCAGAAACUGCUCAAUCAGGAUCCAGCCAAUCAGAGGCGAGCAAGGCAUCACCAGAUACACCUAGCAGCCAAUCAGAAGACAUUAAAUCACCAUCUGACAUUUCUUCCACCAGUCAGUCAGAUGAUAGUUCGAAAGUAUCACCCAGUCAAUCAGCUGACAGUUUAAAAACAGAUUCCAUGUCGCCAGAACAACCUCUUCCGGAUAUCUUGUCCAGCUCAAAGCCAGACAAGGAUGAUGUGAACAAGAACAAACCAGACAGUACCAAGCCAUCAGAUGUUGUGAAUUCAAAAAAGGACCAGUCAGAUUCAAGUAAUCCACGAACUGUCUCUGGAUCGUCGUCAGGGAAACAGUCGCGAUCAGGUUCCACCAUAUCCCAGACAGAAGGUCUGCCUACACUGGCCUUAAGAGAACCGCCACCGUUCUUCGAUGAUGAGGAAGAUGGGGACAGCCCUCUGUUCGGGAAUGACAGCACUGUGUCUGACACCCUUGGGUCCAACUUGAACACCCCUGCCAAGGAGAAGACGAAGGAUGAGAAAAAAUCCAACAAGAUGCCAACUAAAGAUGAGCUGGCAGGAGAUGAGGACCUCAAGUCGGCACCACCACCGCCGCUGUUUGGGGAUGACGAUGAUGAUGAUGACCUGGAUUGGCUCAGCGGCUGAACAACACACAUCAUCGUCAUGACAACAUACACUGAUAUUGUGUGUCGUCUUGGCAACCCACAUUGAUGUUGUGUAUCGUCAUGGCAACACACACUGAUGUUGCGUAUCAUGACAACAUACUAUCAUUAUGACAACACACACUGAUGUGUAUCGUCAUGGCAACACACACUAGGGUUGUGUAUCGUCAUGGCAACACACACUGAUGUUGUGUAUCAUGACAACAUACUAUCAUUAUGACAACACACACCGAUGUUUUGUCUCAUGACAACGUUAACUGAUGUCAUGUUUCAUUAUGACAACAUACACUGAUGUCAAGUAUCAUUAUGACAACAUACACCGAUGUCAAGUAUCGUUAUGACAACAUAUACUGAUGUCAAGUAUCGUUAUGACAACAAACAUUGAUGUCAAGUAUCGUUAUGAUAACAUACAUUGAUGUCAAAUAUCGUUAUGACAACAUACAUUGAUGUCAAGUAUCAUUAUGACAACAUACAUUGAUGUCAAGUAUCGUUAUGACAACAUACAUUGAUGUCAAGUAUCGUUAUGACAACACACAUUGAUGUCAAGUAUCGUUAUGACAACAUACACGGAUGUCAAGUAUCGUUAUGACAACAUAAUUGAUGACAUGUAUCAUAACAACAAUGGACACUGAAGUUAUGUAUCGUCACAAGGAUGCACACUAAUAUCAUGUGUCGUCAUAACAACGCACACUGUUAUGUAUCGUCAUGACAACUGACACCUAUGACUUAAGAUGGAUCAGCAGGGACUACUUUAAAUCAAUACUCCAGUGUGUCUGCAUGAGUCAUUGGUUGUAACUGGGAUAUGGGGGAGGUGCAUGUGUGGAAUAUGUCAUAUACUUGCCUGUAAAAUCAGUCAUAUAGGAACCUCUGUUAGCACGAACAAAGACUAAAUCACUUUUCUAGGUAAUAAUUUUUUAAAUUUUUUUUAAAUAUUUCAAUAAAAACAUAAUGAUUUGUUUUACUUUUGAAAAGUUUCAAGACUUUCAAGAUGUAUCUGACCAUAUUUUAUUAUAAUGCAUUAUUUCAAUGAAAAUAAAAGGAAAGGAAAUGAAAACAAAAUGAAAAUGAAAAGAUUUAUUUUCCAUUUAAACAAUUUUUAGACUUGUUAUGGAAACAAGAAAAUAAUUAAAUCUGACCAUAUUUUAUUAUCAUCUUCUAAUAAGACUACAUUUAGACAUCACACUGAGAAUCGGAGUAGUUAAAAUAUAGGGUAGGGCAGAUAUAACUUGACCGGACACCAUUCUUCUCUGUUGAUUCCUCAGCAUUUCCAGAAGAACCACGUGGGUAACAGUCUAAGUCAAACACCCCUUUGUUCUGAUGUUGCAGAAUUUUCACAAUCUGAUGUGUCUCUCACCUAGCAGGAGUGGAAUAAAGAAAUACUCUUUUCUAGUUUGACAAUUUGGUCAAAAACUUUUUUUUUUCUUGUUUUGCAGAUAUUCUUGGAUAUUUCCAGAUGAGGGGGCAAAAAAUUAUUUUUAAAGUUAUCUGAAUUCAUUUGAGAUCCGAAGACCAACUUAUUUCCAAUCAAUAAUAUUUUUGUUUAUUUUGGAAAAAUGUGAAGAGGUUUCAUCUGUAAAACAAGAAAACAUCUCAGUCCGAAUAUAUGUUCUAUAAUGGCCAAUGUCUUUCACAAUCGGCAUUGAUAGAAGAGACGACUGAAAGUUUUAGCUGUGAGUGUUGUGUUGGGGUAUGGCUUAUGUAUAUACUUGGAGUGUUUGACCAUCUUGAAAUCAAAAUGCCUUAUUUUAGACCUGUAGCAUAUUAUUAGUAUUAAUCAUGUUGUUGGUGGUUGUAUGAGUGUCGUUCACAGCAUGGCCUUAUGAUGAUGAUGAUGAUGAUGAUGAUGAUGAUUAUGAUGAUCCAAUGCUAGAGACCAUGUACAAUGAUGUAUCAGAGAGUAUUAAUUUUAGAUUGUUUAUGAUUUCAGGAGAAGUUCUUUACUCUUUCAUUAUGUGAACUUACUACUUAACAUUCAAUAUUUUCAACAAAAUGACAAACAAAUCCAUUGCAAACAUAUUACAAUGUUCAAGCAAUGAAAUUUGCAAGGAAACUGAUUAAUAAUAUAUGCAAUUAUAUAAAUAUACAUGUUAUUAAAUAUAGCUUCUUGCUAACUCGCGGGAAAUAACUGGAUAAAUGCUUAUGCGGCAGAAGCAAUAUUAAUUAAUUAUUUAUUCAUCCUUGUGCUAAGAAGUAUCAAAGGAUAUCCGCAUCUCGAUACUUUGUGCCAUUAUGUUGAUGCAGUGUCAGUGAAUAUGGUUUUACGCCACGUUUAGCAAUAUUCCAGCAAUAUCAUGGUGGGGGACACCAGAAAUGGGCUUCACACAUUGUACCCAUGCCGGGAAUCGAACCCGUGUCUUCGGCGUGACGAGCAAACGUUUUAACCACUAGGCUACCUGACCGCCCCUUAUGUUGAUGCAAUUCUGUGACUUAAAACCACACAUCUUUGCUCACAUCUUCUAGACAAAUGCUCCUAAGCAAAAGUCAGAACCAGUUUUAAUUCCAAGUGGUCCAACUGGCAAGUGGAAAAUAUGAAAUGUUAGUCGAUUAAUUUUCUUAGCUGUAACAAAUUUAAAGAAAAUUAUGUUAUUUAUGAUACCUAUAUUUAAAUACUUGCGACAUUUUCUGAUUUUGCUCUUGAUGUUUUUGUAGUACAGGGUCCACCUGCACAUAGGGAUCAUAGUCGUUAAACGCCUUGCUCGUCAUGCCGAAGACCCAGGUUCAAUUCCCGACAUGGGUACAAUGUGUGAAGCCCAUUUCUGGUGUCACCUGCCGUAAUAUUGCUGGAAUAUUGCUAAAAGUGAUGUAAAACCAUACUCACUCACUCACUUGUACAAGAAGACCCUGGUCUUGUAAUAUAUUUAUAUUUAUCAAAUCCAGGGGAGCUAUUAUCUGCACUUGUAGGUGAUCAUGAUCAAGGUAGCAUGUUAUGAUUAUCAAUGUAAUAAGCUAAUAAUCACGAUCUCAUUUCAAGUCUCAUAUAACAGUGCACAAAUAUUGGGAAAAUGUGCAUGCUAACUAAUGUGUGAAAGAUACAAAGUCGAUGUAUGAUUGUCUGGGGACUUUUUUUGUAUUAUUUCUCCAAACUAGAGUGAUUUGUAAUACGGAUAUUUACACCCUUUCAUCACUGGUAGAAUUGUUUCAUUUUCGAAUUUAGUUGUCUUUAAAUUUUCGAAUUUAAUUGUCUUUAAAUUUUCGAAUUUAAUUGUCUUUAAAUUUGUCUAUUAAUUAUUAGGAAGAAAUUGAGCCUUGAACUGAUUGAUGGUCAGGUGUUUAACUGUAUGUAAUCAUGGUUUUAAAUGUCUUACAGAGUUAUGGUUGAUGGAAACACAUAAUUCACAAAAUACCUGACAAUAACAGAUUUAAGCUUAGCAAAAUUAAAGUGAUAAAUUGCAAAUAAUGGCGCCAGUUUUAAUCACCCAGCUGUAUGUUAUAUAAUAUUGCUUAUGUAAAUAGCAGAGUUUGUGUAUAAGGGACUUUAGAACUUGUCAUGUAACUGAAACUGUCAGAUGUCAACUAUUUUUGUUACAUGAAGACCUGUGUUGGCAUGUCAGAUGCUACAUGGCCAACAUUCCAUUUCAUUAUUUAUUGUGUGUACAGAACCUAUUGUUAGACACUGCUUCUUACGGAAGAAUAUGCCAAAAUAAAUUAUGUUUUGGAGA